AUGGUGUCUCAAAUUGAGGCACAGCUACUGCGAGAUGAUUCAAAUCUCAAAUAUGACACAAACAUGAGGAUAUACCUGCACCAACUUAUCGUCAAAUUGGGACGGAAACUCAACUUGCGUCAAGUCAUUCUAUCCACAGCCGAGGUGUACUUGACGCGGUUCUUUGCAAAAGUAUCCAUCCGAGAAGUGAACAUUUAUUUAUUGGUAACAACUUGUAUCUAUAUCUCCUGCAAAAUGGAAGAGAGUCCGCAACAUAUCCGAACCAUUUUGUCAGAGGCCCGAAAUUGCUGGCCAGAGUUCGUGCCGAACGAUCUCACCAAGCUCGCCGAAUUUGAGUUCUACUUGAUCGAGGAAUUGGACUGCUACAUGGUGGUCCACCAUCCAUACAAUUCGAUUUUGGAUGUGGUGAACGUGCUGAAAGACGGCGAUCCGUCUACAAAGCUCGACAUAUCGCCCGAAGAGUUGCAAACCUGUUGGUCAAUCAUUAACGACAGUUACAUCACAGAUCUUCAUCUUCUGUUCCCGCCCCACAUCAUUGCUAUCGGGACCCUAUACAUCACGCUAGUACUGGGAAUCGAUGUCCGAAAAACUAUCGCUAACUCUGCAAAGCUGCCGGACCCUCGCAUGGACAACUUUGUUAAAUUCCUCGCCAGCUCCAACAUCGAUCUCAGCGAGGUGAUAGAAACAGUGCAGGAAAUUCUCACUCUCUACGAGAUAUGGAACUCUUACGACGAAAUGACGAUUAGAAACGGACUGCACCAUAUGCUACUCAACAUGAAUAGAUGA